UUUUAACUAAUCUUGAUGUUCAACCAAAACUUGACAAUCUUUCAAUUGAAUGUAAUGAGAAAGAAAAAAAUGCUAAACUUCAAGAGAAAAAUAAAUUACUUGAGAGACAAAUGGAUGAGAUGCGUGUUUCUUAUGAAAAAAAGAUUGGAGAAUUAACAAAUAAAUUGGAACAAUUAACUAAAAAUUGCAAACGAGCGUGUUUUGUGAAUAUUAAAAAUAAAUGGGUUGAGGCUAAUGAUGAAUCUUGUUGUGUUAAUAAAUGUUUGGAUGGAGUGGACACAAAAAAUACAAAAUGUAUUAAAGGGAAUGGAUUUGUAAAAUUAAUUGGUGAUGAGAUAAUUAAAUAUAUUAAUUGUGAGGGGAAAGGUGAAUUAAUUUUAGAUAUUUUUUGUUGA